CCUUUUUGCUCUUUCCGAAUUUAAUUGCUCUCUCCUUAUUCUUGUUCAUCUUCUUGGUUGAGUUCUGUGCUAUUGUUUUCUCUUGCCUGGAUUGAUCCAAGGGGAACCGCAUGUUCUGAGUUGAUUAGUUUGCGGAGUCGAGCUGCCGCGUUGACUGCUGUCUGAGAUCCAACAUGUUGGACGGCCUGCUUGGUCGAGGUUUUGCCGCUAAGUGCAAAGCGCUGAUCAAGCUGACCAAGAGUCGGAUCGAUGUGAUAAGAAGGAAGCGAAAGGCGACUGAGAAGUUUCUGAAGAAAGACAUUGCUGAUCUGCUAGCCAAUGAUUUAGACGUCAAUGCACACGGAAGGGCUGAAGGGCUGCUUGCUGAAUUGACACUAUCAUCUUGUUAUGAUUUCGUUGAGCAAUCGUGUGACUUUGUCUUGAAACACCUCUCAGUGAUGCAGAAACUGAGUGGAUGCCCUGAGGAAUGCAGGGAUGCUGUAUCGUCUUUGAUGUUUGCUGCUGCAAGAUUUUCUGAUCUACCAGAGUUACGUGAUCUUAGGCAGAUAUUCCAGGAGAGAUAUGGGAAUUCCAUGGAAUGUUAUGUGAAUCAAGAGUUUGCUAAAAAUGCGAACUCAAGGCCUUUUACAUUGGAGAAGAAGGUCCGCCUGAUGCAGGAGAUUGCUUCAGAGUUUUCAAUAAUGUGGGACUCCAAGACUUUUGAACAGAGGAUGCAGAAACCCUCUCCUCUUGUACAGGAUGGCAAUAAUUAUAACUAUAGCCGCUUGACUGAUCAUAAUAAGCCAUCACUUGGGAACAAUGCUGUCAUAAAAGGAUUCAAGGGUGAUGUUCCAUUGCAGAAAAGUCCUGGCCGUCUUAAAGAUGGGCAUAGAUUUCACAACCGCCAGGAAGCAGAUAUUUUAGUGAGUGAUGAUCAUAAUAUUCGGUCUGAAUCCAAACUCCCUAGACAUGGAGUUGGGGAGACAAAUGGUGGAAAUGAUGUCAUUUCGAGAAGGAAUGGCCAUGACAAUAGAUUGCUGGGAAGGCUAGACUCUGCUACCAAGAAGAGUAAUAGAGGUUAUUGGAAAGAAGAUUUUAUGUUAGAUCCAAAUGGACCAGGUUGUUCAUUGCAGGGUAAAAGAGUGGAACACAUAGAUGUUGGCACUAAGCGGCAUGAUGGUUUGGGCGAUGCCGCUUCUCAAAAAGUAAGCCAUGAUACUGUAGUGGCCAAGAAGUCAGACUUGAAUCCCAGUCACGCGGAAAUGCAUUUGAAGAGGGAUGUCAAUGAGCCAUCUACUGCUAAUCGCGUCAACCUACAUGAUACUGUAGCUGCCAAGAAGCUAGACUUGAAUCCCAGUCAUGCAGAAAUGCGUUUGAAGAGGAAUGUCAAUGAACCAUCUACUGUCAGUCGUGCUGGCCCACCUGACUUUUAUGACUCGCAGGGGAAAGUUCAAAAGGACGAAACACCUAGGGUCAAGCCCCGCUACAAUAAUGCCCUCCCACCACCUUAUGUUAAACCUAAUUCUAAACAGAAGAACAGCGCAUGCGAAGUCAAUAUGGGAUCUUCAAAUGUUGUUAGUGAUGGCAUCCCUAAGCAUCCUUCAGUGCAUGACCAGCCUCAUGCUGCUGCUGUAGCAGAGAGGAGCCAAUUAAGUUUGGAUAAUUCUGAACCAGAUAGGCAGACCACUAGACACGCAAGGCGUGGCAGAAGGAGUCAUGAAAAAGAACUCUAUGAUCAAGAAGAUAUGCCAGAAGUCCCUGUCUUAAAACCAAAAUCCACGAGGCGGAAGCACUCAAAAUCACGGUCUAGUCACAAGGAUGACGGUGCAGAAGAUGCUGAAGUUGUGACAAGAAAAUCAAGGAGCAGGACAAAGGAUGAAUCAAGACCUCAACAUGGCCUGCAAACUCUCUUUGAUGGUGAGCAGCAUCGAAAUGAUGAAGAGGAAAAGAUGAUAGAUAAGUUACUGAUUCAUUAUAGUAAAAAGCCUUCCAUCCCUCUUCCUGAAAAAGCAAGAAGAAAGUCCAAAAGUCGUCAUGCACAUCAAAUGGAUGACGCAGUUGAAGAGACGCCAGAGAUGGUUACCCUUCCACCUCGAUCCAUUUCCCUUCCUCGUGAAGAAACAGGAGCAGAAAAAGCCAACAAAGUAUUUACUCGUGCUGCUACAUUUCAGGCAGACAGAUCAAAUGAAGCUCGACACGUACACCCCAAGUUACCGGACUAUGAUGAUUUGGCUGCAAGGAUUGCAGCCUUGAGAGGAAGCUGAAGUUAGCUCCACAUGUCCAUUUCCCCUCUUUACAUGGACAUCAAUUGAGGUGAUCAUGACCUUCCCCAUAGAAUCUCACGUUCUGGUGUUAAAGAUAGAACGGGGGUGCUUCAAUAGCAAUUUAUGGCCUUCUGGCUGGACGUUCUCAGAACUAAUAGGUUAUGCGUUUCACCCCUUCUUAUGACUGUAAAAUAGAAGUGUCUGUAAGUAGAGUUUCGGUGCUCAUGCUUGAUUCAAAUCGAUGACAAAGAUGAGAUAGCGCGUAGUUUGGCAGGGUUCUUAUUUAUCCCCUCUUCUCACACCUCGAAACUAAAAGGUUGUAACAGUUUUAUUUAUUGAACAAUACUCUUCAUGUUUCUUUUUUGGGUGAUGAUACUAAUACUUUUUCAUUCUAUCUAUGGUGAUAAAUUACUGUCCA